GAAAGAAUAAUAAAAUAAAAAUUACGACGAAUUCGAAAAAAAAAGGAUUGGUUAAGUUCACGAUACUCACGUGAUCCAUAUCAGGGAUGUAUCCAGAGGAACGGUGUAUAUCAGCUGGAGAGGAAACAAAGUUAAUCGCUUUUGUCAUAAUCGCAGGUUGUGUUUUAAGCACGCUAAUGGCUUAUUGCUAUAUCGGAGAGUGUCUUAUUAAUGAAAGUACAUCCUUUGGUGAAUCAUUUUAUCAGUGCAAAUGGUAUAACAUAUCGCAAGAGGAGAUUAAAUUAAUGCACAUUUGUAUGAUGCGAUCGUCAAAACAAAUGCAACUGACCGUCGGCAAAUUUUUCGCGUUGUCGUUGACUACAUUCACAGAUGUUGUGAAGACAUCAAUGGCGUAUUUAUCCGAGCUCGACUUUCACGGUACUAGAAGGCUAAUAGAUUUGAACAAACGUACGUUAAAUUGCGCGGGAAUUUGGCCAGAAAAGAUUCACGAGCCGGUUUUCAUUUUUUUCUCUGUUUACUUGGCCUUACAUUGUACAAUGGGUGUCAUCUCGAUUACCAAUAACAUAUCGAAUUUGGAAUAUGUUCUUGCUUGCUUUGAAGAAAACUUGUUCCAUUUUAUGACGCUAUUGAAAAUAUGCAUAUGCAGAAUUAAUAGCAAUUCGUUGGCCGAAAUUAUAAAGGAAAUUAAAGUCGAUUUUAUUCCAGAAAGAUACAAAACCGAUGAGGAAAAGAUUGCUUUUUUGAAUUAUAACAAUUUUAGUUUAAUGGUCGUCAGGGUCACUUUAGGAACAAGCUCCACAGCUGCUGUCCUAAUUGUUUUGUUACUUACAGUCGUUGCAAAUUCAUCUUACGGAUACGUAUUGCCAUACAAAAGUCGUCCGCUGAUUGAACCGACUAAUCUGACAAUCUACAUCUGUCUUUGUCUCUAUCAAUUUUUAAUAGUACUAACUAUAAUCUUCGGUUACAUCGGAAGUGAUUGUCUAUUUAUCAAUUUGGUACUCCACGUCAGCGGUGUUUUCUCUGCACUUUCCUGCAAAGUAAAACACGUUUUGAACAAUCCUGAGAAUCGUAAACGUCGAAUAAAGAAAUUAAUAUUGAGACACAUACGUCUAGUACGAUUAGCUGAUUCUUUGGAAAGUAAUUUCAACGUAUUAAUUUUACAAGAAUUAAUGGGAAUUACCCUUCAUCUUUCUCUUCUUGGUUAUGACACGCUCGUUUGUAUAGCGGCAGGAGAGCAAAAAAAGUUAAUCACUUUUUUCAUAGUUGCAUGUCGUGUUUUAAGCACGCUAUUACUUUAUUGCUAUAUCGGAGAGUGUCUUAUUAAUGAAAGUACAUCCUUUGGUGAAUCAUUUUAUCAGUGCAAAUGGUACAACAUAUCGCAAGAGGAGAUUAAAUUAAUACACAUUUGUAUGAUGCGAUCGUCAAAACAAAUGGAACUGACAGUCGGCAAAUUCUUCGUGCUGUCCUUGACUACAUUCACAGAUGUUGUGAAGACAUCAAUGGCGUACUUAUCCGUACUUCGAACGUUUAUGUAAAAAGAAUGUUAACAAAAAAUACUAAAGAGGAAAGGUAAAAAAAAAAAAAUAAUAGAGAGCAUUAAGUGUUACAUUCAAAUUGAAAAAAUGAA